UAGUGUAGAAAACAUAACUAAAGUCUAUUUUCAGUAAUCAAGAUGUUUAAACGCAAUGAUCUUGUUACCGAGGAAAAUAAACAGUUCUGUAGCCUGUAUUAAUAAUAAUGUUUCCUUAGCUCUGUAGAAACUAGAAUGACUUUCCAACACAUUCAGAUAUCACUUUCCUGAAUUUAGUUUUAUCACGGUUCCUCUGUGGGACGUCAACUCGGCGCGGCUCGUUAUUUUCCGUGUCGAGUUUCCCGGAUGCCUCACAUAUAAGGCAAAAGGGGCGUGUUUGCGAGUACCGGAUGAUAUCCAUUUAUGGGAUGCGCACUAACCGGAAUUCCUGAUAAUGACACGCACCAAAAGUUAAUAAAAAUUAAAAAAUUGUUUCCAUAGAUCACAAACCUAUUUCAACAUGUGCACAAGAAUUAAAUCACAACAAAUUCGAGUUAAGCAGAGUCAGAGAUGUCUAAAAAAAAAAAAAAAAGAAAUAAAAAAAAGAAAUAAAAGAAAGGACAACCCGGUUUUUUUUUUUGGUCCGGUUCUGUCCUUGUAUGGUCAGUGACGUCAUGGGCCAUUGACAGGCUCUUCUUAAACGCAUACUACGACAUGAAGUUUCACUUGUUGCAGCGCACAUAUGAAGGGAGCUGAUGAGCUCUGACAGACCGAAGUGAACAUAUUUACAGCACAUCAACCAGAUCCGAAAAUCUCUGCGAACAACUGAAUAAAAUUCAACUUCUUUAAAAAAAAAACCUCGGGGAUCAGAAUGACAGCGACAGCUAGUAGCAGGGAUCGAAUUAACGCGUCGCUGAAUGAUCUGACGCGCAGCUACCCUCUGGAUGAGACCCCCGCGUCGGGCUUCUCUCGGGUGGAUGUGGGGGUUUGUUCUGCUUCUCACCAGUUCAGUGAGCCGUCGGGAGGUGGCUUGAGCACCGACAGCUUCGGCGUGGAAAACCAGGGCCUUGAACUGACAGACCCGAGCAAGUUUUCACCACACAGCGCGCCCAUCGCCUACACAGGCAAGAUUUCCAUCGACGCUCAGGGAAGCUGGAAUCAGGAGGGAAUAAUCAACUUCGUCAGUGCAGGAGUGCAAGAUAGGCCCCCUUCCCCGGGAUCAUUCUCCACGGGAUCCCCCUCAGCUCCCACAGACCUCACUCCGGACUGCUCCAAAAUAGGCCAAACUCUUGCCAACAUGGAGCAUAUGUACACAGGCCCACCCCCAUACACCUGCAGCGCCGAUGGUUACCAGGACCCCUCGGCUUACCUAUCGACCGCCACGUGCCCCAUUACAUACGCCACUCCGUCCUACUCAACCCCAAAGUCAACUAUAGACGGGACGCUUUUCUCCAUCAUUCCCGACUAUGGGGGGUUCUAUCAGACCAGCAGCAGCCAAAGGGACAACAUGGCUGUAUUUCAGGACAUCAAGCCAUUCUCAUGCUCUUUUGAGUCCAUCAGAGUCCCUCCACCUCUGACUCCUUUGAACACCAUAAGAAAUUUUACUCUGGCUUGUCCGGUAGAUGGGCCGAGGCCGCCUAUAGACUGCGCCAAUCCGCAGAAUGUCCCACUCAGGCCGAUACUGCGGCCACGGAAGUACCCGAACAGACCGUGCAAGACGCCGGUCCACGAGCGGCCGUACCCCUGUCCGGCGGAGGGAUGCGACCGGAGGUUUUCGCGCUCGGAUGAGCUGACGCGCCACGUCCGCAUCCACACCGGCCACAAGCCGUUUCAGUGCCGCAUCUGCAUGCGCAGCUUCAGCCGGAGCGACCACCUCACGACGCACAUCCGCACGCACACGGGCGAGAAGCCCUUCUCCUGUGACUUCUGCGGGAGAAAGUUCGCCAGGAGCGACGAGCGAAGGAGGCACACAAAAAUCCACCAGAGACAGAAAGAUAAAAAGGCGUGUGAGGCUCCUCACAGCGCGAGCGCAGACGGCACAGCGAUGUGAACAGUUUACAGUUUAACAACUUCUGACUGCUGGGUCGGUCGUUGCCCCAUUUAACCCUGGACCUUUGUGUGCGCACAAAUAUACGAAGGCAGCUUAUGAUUUAAGUGUUGAAUGUGUUUUGUUGUAGUAACUAGACAACGUCCUUAUUAUCACAGAAUAUUUCAUGUGCAUUGUGCAAACUGCAGUUGUUCUAUAGUGUUUACAGUGAGUCUUUUUAUUGCCAUUAUUACUGUCAUGUGUUUGAAUAAAAUGAUAAUGACCA